AUGAACCCUUUCGCUGUUUGCAAAUCCGCCCAAUACAAUACAAUAAAUACUUUAAGGGUUUAUGUGCCCUGCAUUUUGAUCGUGGUAUUGUAUUGGGUAUAAUUUUGGAUACAUCUUGAGGCCACUAGCGACCGUGUCGGUCUCUGUGUAACAGCAGUUCAAAUACUAUCAACCAUUAGUUUGGACUCACGGACUGACUUUCCAAAAGUCAAAUAUGCAACUGCCCUGGACUGCUUCCUUCUGAUGAGUUUUCUCUAUUUCAUAGCCACUUUGCUAGAAUUUGCAGGUGUUCAUUAUUUUACUAGUAAGCUUGGCAUUGGCGAAAUACCACGACUGGAAGAGCACUUGGAAAAUAUCAGUGACGAGGAUAUAGAAGAUAAUGGUAGCGAUGAGGCCACCACCAUGGAACGAACCACGCAAACGGAACCCCCCGUCAUUUCGCGUAUGCGACAGAUAUGACUCUGCCUCAAGAGUGACGACCAGUUCCGAAAACAGCGUGAGUGUGACGCAGCUGCAGAAAAGACUGAACAAGGUCACAACGUAAGCUAUGUAAACAGCGUUUCGCUAAUCGAUCGCUUCGCGCGCAUUGCGUUUCCGAUGUCAUUUAAUCUUUUAUACUGGUUGGCCUACGGAAUGUAUAAAAAAGAGUUUUCAUGGUCCACUAUAAAGACAUAGCUUUCUUCGACUGUAGUUGUUUUCUAUAAUUUAUUUGGCGUCAGGUUAAAUAAUGUAUCUUACUGCAAAUAGAUGGUGGGUGCCUUAUGAAAG